AUGGGUCCCUGUACGGCCUCCCAUUGCUGCUGUCUCCAUCGCCACACUCUGCCAUGUGCCACUUUCAGGUCUCCUCACACUGCUGGUGGGUUCCAUUUUGUCAUAGGGUUGCUGUAUGGCCUCCCAUUGCUGCUGCCUCCACCGCCACACUGUGGCUCCAAACACUGGUUUUGGCCCCGUGACUGGCCAAAUGAGUGAAGUGUGCGGUGAUUCUAAGAUCGACGGCACUCAUCUGCAUGUCAUACUGACUGACAGUAUUAUUUCUCUUCCCCAGCAGACUCCAAGGGCAUUUAAAUUAAAGGUACAGUGUUCUGCACUAAUAUUA